AUGACUCCUGCAAUCUGGUUUGUCCUGUGGGCGCUUACACUCGGCCACGCGGUGGCUGUAGCACAACUGGCUCUUGGCGCCACCAGCCUGGAUCGCUGGUUGACUUCGGAGACGGUGGUUGCGAGACAGGGCAUUCUGGAUAACAUCGGAUCGGGGGGUGUAUAUGCCCACAGCGCGAAAUCAGGCAUCGUUAUUGCCAGCCCGAGCACUGACAGUCCAGACUAUUACCACACAUGGACUCGCGACUCGGCUUUGACGAUGAAGGCGGUGAUUGAUCUCUGCAAGAACGGCGAUGUUGAGCUACUGGGCACCAUCACAGAAUAUAUCAAUUCACAGGCUUAUAUCCAAACGGUCUCCAAUCCCUCGGGAGACUUGGCCAGCGGUGGACUAGGAGAGCCCAAAUUUCACGUUGACGAGAUAGCGUUCACCGGCUCAUGGGGGCGUCCUCAGCGCGAUGGACCGGCGCUCCGAGCAACAGCUCUUAUUGCCUUUGGCCAAUGGUUGAUAGAAAAUGGAUACUCGGCCCAAGCAAAGGAGAUCAUCUGGCCCAUUGUACGAAACGAUCUCUCCUACGUGGCGCAAUACUGGAAUUCGACAGGUUAUGGUGAGGAUCCUCCCCUAUCCUGCUCCAUUCAUUCUAAUUGCAUCCCAGAUCUAUGGGAAGAAGUGCUAGGUUCUUCCUUUUUCACCGUUGCAGUGCAACACCGUGCCUUGGUGGAGGGCAACACGUUCGCCAGUCAGGUCGGCUCGACCUGUUCAUUCUGUGACUCGCAAGCACCACAGACUCUCUGCUUCUUGCAGUCAUUUUGGACUGGGUCUUAUACGCUGGCCAAUUUUGGCGGAGGCCGUACGGGGAAAGACGCCAACACACUGCUGGGCACUAUCCAUACCUUCGACCCAAAGGCCGAUUGCGAUGAUACUACCUUCCAGCCCUGUUCAGCGCGAGCACUGGCAAACCACAAGGUCGUGACCGACUCUUUUCGGUCGAUCUAUGCAAUCAAUUUGGGUAUCCAUGCUGGCCAGGCGGUUGCUGUUGGCCGCUACCCAGAGGAUUCGUACUAUGAUGGCAACCCGUGGUACCUGUGUACACUUGCAGCAGCCGAGUUACUCUAUGACGCGAUAUACCAGUGGGACCGUCUCGGCUCUCUAUCCAUCACCGAUGUCUCUUUAGGUUUCUUUAGGGAUUUGCACAGCUCCUCGGCUAUCGGCACUUACUCCUCAUCGAGUGGGAUCUACUCGUCGAUCGUGAGUGCAGUCAAGACUUAUGCAGAUGGAUAUGUCGGUCUUGUGGAAAAGCACGCCAUGGCCAACGGGUCUAUGGCAGAGCAGUUCUCCAAGUGGGAUGGCUUUCAACUAUCGGCGCGUGAUCUGACCUGGUCUUACGCUGCCCUUCUCACUGCAAACUCACGCCGAAAUGCCGUCGUCCCUGCGGCAUGGGGCGAGACAGCUGCCAGCAAUGUGCCGUCAAAAUGUAGUAGCACUUGGGCGACUGGGACCUACAGUACGGCAACUAAUACAAACUGGCCCAGCACGUUAACCAGCGGAUCAGCGAGCCAGACAGGUACUUCCUCGACUACGACAAAGAAAACAACGUCGCCAUGUGCCACACCUACUUCGGUCGAGGUAACCUUUGACCUGAUUGCGACCACCGCCUGGGGACAGAGUAUCAAGUUGUCCGGGUCGAUUAACGAGCUCGGAGCCUGGGAUCUGGACCAAGCAAUCGCGUUGGGUGCAGACCAAUAUACCAGCGACAAGCAUCGUUGGUCGGUGACAGCGGACUUGCCCGCAGGAGCCAGCUUGGAAUAUAAGUACAUUCGAGUGGAGAGCGACGGCAGGAUUAAGUGGGAGAGUGACCCGAACCGUUCAUACAAGGUUCCAGCAGCUUGUGGAAUUUCAUUUACCACGAUAAGUGAUACAUGGAGGUAG